AUGGGAAAAAUAUUCUUGGACCAUAUUGGGGGUACUCGUUUAUUCUCCUGUGCAUCGUGUGAUGUAAACCUUACAAAUCGUUCUGAAUUAAUAAGCACCAGAUUUACGGGGGCUACAGGUAGAGCAUUCUUGUUUCACAAAGUAGUAAACCUAUUGUACUCAGAAGUGCAAGACAGAGUGAUGCUUACAGGCCGCCACAUGGUGCGUGAUGUCUCUUGUAAGAAUUGUAACACUAAACUCGGUUGGGUGUAUGAAUUUGCCACAGAAGAGAACCAGAGAUACAAAGAAGGUCGCGUCAUCCUUGAAAGAGCGCUUGUAACAGAAAGUGAUGGUAUUGAAGAAAUUCAAGUUAAUAACGACGACUAG